UGUGGCACUCGUUCCUGUCUGAGUGGGGUUUGUACCUUGAACAGCACCUCAAAUGGCCGUCCGAUAAGGGACUUCAGCAGGUUACCGGCAACCAGGAGCAGCAACUCUGGGGAACCUGUACGGGGGUGUCCAUAUCGCCAAAACCAAAAGGAAGAAAAGAAAAAAUUCAGCGCACUGGGUUACCUCGGCAAAAAGGAACAAAAAAGAAAGAAAAAAGGACCAGAAGAAAGGACAACAGAGCUUCAGCACAGAGCGGCCAUGUUCUGCGGUUGCAGAACAGCCACGCAGCAACAUGGACACAGCAAGCUUACUCCGGCCGUGAGGCGGAAGUGAAAGUGCCUCUUCCGACACCACCAGUUCAACCAACUCACAACAAAUGCACAACAGUUAAAGCAUCACUGUGGCUCUCCUACCAAGAAACCAACCCACAGCCCUCACCAGCCUCAGAACAGCUUCUAUGCCGAAGAUGGCCUGAUAGGGGAGGAAGAAGAGAUAUUGACUCCCUAGAAAGCUUACCUGAGCUGUGGCAAACUGAACUCAGCGAGACAAGAGAACCAGAAAAAAGACAAGCAGUUUUGAAUCCUGCAAAAGAGGAAGAACAGCAAACAUGGCUACAGCUACUACUUCAGCUCGAGGAAGAAGAUGCAGACUGGGAAAGCACACAGAACAUCUGCCUACCCAAGCCCAGACCAUCAGCAAAGUCGAAGCUACCGACGUUGAAGUGGUCAACACGUGUACUGACUGCGUUGCUGGCGAUGACAGCUGUUGGUUUUGUACUGCGAGAAUUUCAGCUGGGACAACACCAUCCACCUCCUGACAGAAUCAACAACCUAGAGGUAACAUUGCAAAACACAGCAGACAUACAGCUAUCAGCUACCAUGUUUAAUUUCCUAAGUCACAAAAGGACAACUUUACUAAUUGACAGAUUAUCUGCUAUUAUAAAAAGUUCUUCUGUGUUACAGGGGGUAAGAAUAAUAAUAAGAGGGGCCCCAAAUCAAGUAUUUACUUCUCACUAUUUUAAAAUGCUGUUAGACAAUAUGCCAUAUACAACAUGGAAAGCCAAACUUAAACAAGUAGUAAACAAACAACCAGUUACAAUUUCAACUGCAGAAACACAUAACUCUUUAUGCACAGUAACUGCAAGAGCCUUGAGAAAGCAAAACAAACAAAACCCUCAUACAACACAAGCCCAAAGAUGUUCCACAAAGUUGCAACAUAAAACAAUACACACCUCUAAAUCCACUCAAAACACAAACAUGCAAAGAUACCACUGGACAGUACUGCCUCAGGGCAUGAAAAACAGCCCGAUGAUUUGUAAGACAGUGGUAGCCAACAUCAUACACCCUGUUCGAAAACUCCACCCUUCAACCAUCAUCUAUCCUUAUAUAGAUGACAUCCUGAUAGCAGCAAAACACGGGACCGAACUACAAUCCACCUUGACUGCCUUAACUGACGCCAUCCAAAAAGCAGGUCUGCAGCUUGCCUCAGAAAAAAUUCAACGCACCCAACCUUGGACCUACCUCGGAUGGAGGAUCACUCAACAGGAAAUCAUGCCACAACCACUGACUUUCAAAGUAACGGACACUAUGACCCUGAAUGAUUUGCAAUGGCUUUUAGGAGCCAUUAACUGGCUGAGGCCUGUCUUGGGGAUCAAAACAGAGGAAUUGCACCCCCUCUUUGAGCUACUUAAAGGUGACCCAACUCUCACAUCUAUUCGAUCCCUAACCCCAGAAGCAAAACAAGCUCUGGAAGUAUGCUCCCAGGCCGUCAAAAACAGGCAAAGCAGACGACGACACCCUGACCUGCACAUUCGCCUCGCCAUCAUAUCCAGCAAGUUCCAACCUUUUGCUGUCCUUUUCCAAAGGGAUCAGGCAGAAUCUGACCCUUUGAGAAUUCUAGAAUGGUUAUUUCUUCCCCACUCUCCACCUAAGACUGUUUGGACCAUUAAUGACAUGCUUGCUAAGCUCGUCAUGAAAGGUAGAGGAUGUCUGCAGGAGAUGGAUGGAAGGGAUCCUGAGACGAUCUACAUUCCAGCCACAAAAGACAACUUAGACUGGUUUCUUGCAGAGGACGCUGGGUUUCAGACUGCAUUAGCGGACUUCCACGGUAAUAUUUCCAUUCACCUCCCGAAACAUAAACUCUGGGCGGAAAUAGGAAAUCUACCCCUGAUGGCCACGCGUCGCUGCAAACUACGACCAGUAAAUGGAGUCACACUCUUCACUGACGCGUCUGGACAAUUGAAAAAAGCCGCCGUGACAUGGAAGAACCCUGCCACAGGACAAUGGGACAAUAAGGUACAAACCUUGGACCAAGGUUCUGUACAGGUUUUAGAACUAGCAGCUAUCCGCAUGGCAUUUGAAUUGUUCCAUGAUCAACCUAUGAAUGUUGUCACAGAUUCUCACUAUGCAGCAGGGUUGGUCUCACGUCUCGAAGCCUCCUUCCUUCAAGAUGUCACUAAUCCUCACUUAUUCACAGAAAUUCGUACCAUAUGGUUUCUUAUCAACCACAGAAAAUUUGAUUUUUACAUAAUGCACACUAAGUCACACACAGAACUUCCGGGACCCAUAGCAGAGGGCAAUCAAAAAGCUGAUGCAACUGCUAUGGUAACUACAGUUCCCAAAAUUCUGCAACAGGCUAAACUCUCACACCAGUUCUUCCACCAAAAUGCACGUUCAUUAAAGAGACAAUUCCAAAUUACAAUAAACCAGGCCAGAGACAUAAUUAUGUCAUGCUCUGACUGCCAGUGAAUUACCCCAAUGCCAGCUAAGGAAGGGGUUAAUCCCAGGGGCAUAACAGCCAAUGAAAUCUGGCAGACAGACGUUACACAUAUAGCUGAAUUCGGUAAACUAAAAGAUGUCCAUGUUACAGUAGACACGCAUUCCAGAUACAUUAAUGCAACAGCACACACGGGAGAAAAAGCCAAAGACGUCAUCAGACACUGGCUCAGUUGUUUCGCAAUCCUAGGAAUUCCAAAAACCAUAAAAACUGACAAUGGCCCUGCUUAUUGUUCU